AUGUCAAAUAAAUAUUCAAAAAAAAAAUCACAAUCAAGUAAAAAUAAUAUAACAACUGAAAUCAAUCAAAUUGAUAUUGAUGAUGUAGUCAAUAAUAAUACAUUAAAUGCACAUCUAUCAUUAAUGACAAAAUUUAAAGCAUUAGAACAUAAAAAUAAUGAUAUUGAUAAAAUAUUUUUAUUACAUGCUAAAAAAAGAUACAUAUUAUGGUUAGAAUUAUUAAAUAAUACUUAUAAGAUUUGGAAUGAAAAUAAUCAAAAACAUGUAGAUAAAUAUUCAAAAAAAAUAUGGGAAGAAAAUACAAAGGAACCAUGA